GUCAAUUCACCAGAGCGAAAGGGUAAAACCGUCUUUCUUCCACAUCCUAUACCCUAAAAGCCCCACCCUCUAAAACCGUUUGCCCGGGAAAGUUCGACCAGUCGGAAAAUCGCUGUGUAAUCGACUCUCUCUCCCAGUUUCAUUUCGCGAAAGUUCCGAAGUUGGAGAAUGGGGUCAGGUUCGAAGCAAUCGAGACAACCAGACAACAGCGACUCUGUUUUGGAGGAGAGCAGCGACCCUUUUUCAGAAGAUGGGAGCGAUGUAGACAGUGAAAUGGAGUCAGAAGAAAAUGAUGUCGACCAAAGUGAGGGACAGAAAGAUGCCGAGUUGGAAGAGUUAGAGAAAGAGUAUUCAAAUCUGCGUCACCAGGAGCAGGAUCUCUUAAAGAAUUUGAAGAGACACAAGGAUGAAGAUAUUCUAAAAGGUCAAGCAGUGAAGAACCAAAAGGCUCUCUGGGACAAGACGCUUGAGUUGAGGUUCCUACUGCAGAAAGCAUUCUCAAGUUCAAAUAAAUUACCACAGGAACCAUUGAAAUCCUCAUUCUGCAGCUCAGACAAAGCAGUUCGUCAAGUGUAUUCAGACCUGAUAACCUCAUCCGAGCAGACACUUAAUUGCUUAUUGGAACUACAGGAGGCUUUGCUUGAGAAGAACCCUUCCAUAACUCAAGUCAGAAAUGGAACUGAUACAGAAUCUCACAAGGGUGAAGAUGCAUCCAACAAUUUCGAUGGAGAGAGUGAUGAGGCAUGGUUACAGAUACACAGAAUGCACAGCAGAGUAGCUCCAUUCAGAGACAGCUCAAUAGAUAAAUGGCAAAGAAAGACCCAAGUGACAACGGGUGCAGCUGCUCUCAAAGGCAAAUUACAUGCUUUUAAUCAGAACAUCAGUGAACAAGUAGCUCAAUAUAUGAGGGACCCGAGUAGAAUGAUUAAGAGGAUGCAAUUGAGGAGGUCCACUGUUAGUAUUUUUGGGGAAGUUCCUGCAGUGGCUGGCAGCAUAAAGGAAGAGGAUAUGAUUGUGGAUGGAGAUCCUGAACUUCUGGAUGACUCAGAGUUCUACCAGCAACUUCUCAAGGAAUUCUUCGAGUCGUGUGAUCCAACAUCAUCUGAGAUGGCUUUUUAUGCACUAAAAAAGGUGCAAACCAAGAAACGGAAGGUAGUUGAUCGGCGUGCAUCCAAGGGCCGCAAGAUAAGUUGGUGUCUUUCAUUGAUUUUGCAGGUACCAUAAGCACAAAGAGAUAGAGCAUUUCAUGGCUCCGGAGCCUAUGAAUCUUCCCCCUAUGGCCCCAAAACUGUUUGAGAAUUUGUUCGGCCAGAAAAAUCAGAAAUCAGCCCCCGUCGCAGUGUAGCUGCAGCCAGGGGUGA